GAAGGUUUCUAUGUACCGGCACCCACCCCUCACCCUAGUUAACUUUCAGCAGCAUUUCAUUGCGGUUUCAGAGGGGGCGGUGGCUGUCCGCUGGCUUAUGGACGAGUUCAAACACCUCUGCGGAUCUAAUUCCCUAUCCAAUCUUCGAGGGCGCUGACACCGGCUGCCUGAGGACAAAACUUGUUACGGGUGCCCUGCAGUCCACGGGGGUUAAAAUACGGUAGGCAGAACCACAAGGAGUCGAGCGGUAGAAGUCUCUUGCUGUCAACCAACCAGCAAAGGGUUUAAAACUUUAACAAAUAACAUAAUGCAAAUAGUGAAGUGAAGAUAAGAGCGUGCUUUUUCCGACAUUUUUGUAAACUAGAAAGAUACAAUGACUAGGACAUGCCACCCGGGGUGAUCAUGCUGACCUGAACAGACCGCGCAAGUGACACGGAGAUCAGUUGUUUGGGCUGCAGUUGGAACAAAGGCCAGGACGAAAAACCUUCGUUAACUCCGGUGGAUACAAGAUCACAUGGUGGAACAUCAAAGAAUAAAAGAAACUAUCGAGUCAGCUAUCCCUCAAACUGAACAAUGAAUAACAAAAGCCGAAAUUUAUCAUUGACCAAAGCCAGCCAGCAAAUCAACGCUGUCACGUGCCUCUUUGGAGGGAGGCCUGUUCCGGCUUCUUCAGUUUCGUCAUUCUACCAACUGUCGGCACCCCUCAUCAACGGGCGCAUGGAGCCACUCUCUAGGCACGAAGGUCGGGUGUGCCUCGUAGUGAACAUGGCUUCCGCUGACCCUACCACUAGGCAAGAGCUCAUGCAGCUCAAUGAUUUGGUGACUGUAUUCGGCCCACAUGGUCUGAGUGUGCUGGUGUUCCCCUGCAACCAGUUCGGAGGCUUGGAGCCGUUCUACAACGACGAGAUUCCUUUGAUCCUCCAGAAUGUGCGGCCAGGAGCCAAGUUCGAGACAAAGUUUCAACUCUUCGCCAAGUGUGAGGUAAACGGAAGCAGCGCCAGUCCUGUAUACGAAUACCUCAAAGUCAAGCUGCCUCUUCCAACCAACGACGACUCUGUGCUGUCACAUGACAGUCAACAUCCAGCAACAUGGAAGCCAGUCACGCGCUAUGACGUAAGUUGGAACUAUGAAAAAUUUGUGGUCUGCUACGACGGCCAACCCUCGAAGAGGUUCACCAACAAGGUGUCCUAUGAACUAAUUCGUAAAGAAGUAGAGAGCUGCCUCAGGAAAAUUCCCAAAUCUGUUCGAGAGCAUCAUGGGUUCACACCUUUUGAGACACUGUUACAUACCUACAGGUAGGCGAAAUUCGUAAGAAAACUUUUACCUGCAAGAAUGCCAGAAGAAACGCCGAGUUUUUUUGAAAAAGCAAAAAAACAUUUGUUCUCCUUAGUUUGAAAACUUCUUGGUAGUUGGUGGUCUACAAAACAAGAAACAAACAAGAAAAAAAUGAAGACAUCUGAAUUUCAAGAGGUGUUUGACAGUUAUUUAAAAAAUCAGUCGAAGGACAAUGUGUUUUUCGUAAAUAUGCUUUGAAGGAUUUUUUUUUUCGUGUCCAUUCUGUUUUUUUGUGUGACUCAAGUAAUAUGGUUGUGAAAUAUUUCUUCUAGCCAAAUAUUUCUAUGUAUGUGCGUAUGAGUGUGUGUGUGUGUGACUGUGGAAGAGUGCCUGAAACAUAUACACACACGC